AGGAAAACUCAAUCUUUUAUUAAUUGUUUAACGCUUAAAUUAAAAAAAUGAUACAUUUCUAUCUCAUUAUGUUCAAUCGUGAGGGAGACCACCACCCCUCCCACCUUCUUCCUCCUAUAAGAAGGAUUUCUCUCCCUUACCUUAACAUUGCUUGCUCAAGAGGACUCCUUCCUACUCAUUGAACCUCAUCAAUCCUCAGCAGUUAUGGUGAUCAAACAUCAAGCAUUAUCUUUGCUGCUCUCCCUUUUUGUGCUAACCCUCCCAACAAUCUCUCUCGCCGGAGGCAUCGCAAUCUAUUGGGGUCAGAAUGGAAAUGAAGGCACCUUAAAUCAAACAUGUGCAACAGGGAACUAUACCUAUGUCAACCUAUCCUUCCUCAUCAAAUUCGGCGGUGGCCAGACUCCGGUGCUCAAUCUCGCCGGCCAUUGUGAUCCACCUUCAGGUGGUUGCACCAUCUUGAGCAGUCAAAUCAAAUAUUGCCAAAGUUUAGGCCUUAAGGUAAUGCUCUCCCUUGGAGGUGGUGUUGGUAACUACAGUCUAACCUCCAAACAAGAUGCCAAGAAUGUUUCUAAGUACUUGUGGAACAACUAUCUUGGUGGUAACUCUUCUUCAAGACCUCUAGGUGAUGCCAUUCUCGAUGGCAUAGACUUCGACAUCGAGUUAGGAUCAAAAAAAUAUUGGGGCUAUCUAGCAAGGCACCUCAAGAAACAUAGUAAACCCUGCAAAGAAGUUUACUUGACAGCAGCACCACAAUGUCCCUAUCCUGAUAAAUAUCUCGGCCACGCCCUUAAUACUAGUCUUUUCGACUAUGUUUGGGUGCAAUUCUAUAACAACCCUUCAUGUGAAUACACUUCUGGUAAUGUCACAAAUAUUUUGAAUUCAUGGAAGUUAUGGACAUCGACAGUUCCGGCCAAGAAGUUCUUCUUAGGCCUACCUGCCUCUUCUGAUGCAGCAGGUAGUGGAUUCAUCCCUGCAGAUGUGUUAACCUCUCAAAUCCUUCCAGUUAUCAAGACUUCCCCCAAGUAUGGAGGUGUCAUGCUCUGGUCUAGAUAUUAUGAUCUUCUCAGUGGAUAUAGUUCCUCUAUUAAGAGCUCUGUAUAAAUUGCUAUCUAUCACUUUCCUUCUCUGCCUUGUUCACUUGUUGGUAUAAUAAUCUAAAUUUGUUUCAUUUUUCUCAGUCCACUAUCAACUUAAUAAUGGUUUUCCUAGCCAGAGAUACAUUUUAAUGAGAUCCAAAAUCACUUUUAGAUAUUGCCAUCUCCAGAGUUUAGAGGUGGAACAGAUUAUUGUCUUCUCAAAUAUUUUCAAUACUUAAAUAAAUAAAAAAUAU